AACCAACUUAUCAUAAGAGCAUUGGCAGCGGCAACGAGAAGCCUUGCCACGCACUGCCAUUCAGGUAGAGGGAAGCGCGACAGUGGGCGAGGAAAAAAAGGGUCGCGAGGCAUUCCACGAGGCACUUCGCUUUGCGUGGCAGAUGCGAGGCAAAAUUGAAGCAGCAAAAAUACAAUUUGGAAAAUCAUUCGUCACGGUUUUUUCUCUUCUCUGCGCGGACUUCUCCGGCCAUUGUUUUUUCUCUUCUCUGCACAGAGUCUUCUCCGACCAUCAUCCUUCACCUGCAAAACUGAGUGUGUGACAUUCCAAUAACUUGCCAUUAUUGAUGCUCUAAUACUUUUCCAAAAGUACACAAAAUCAAGCAAAAUCCGCGUUUUCUCUCUCUAUCCUCUUCCGCUCCGUUUACAAGUCAGUCUUCGGUCAGUGUACGACGAUGCGUCUCUCUGUCCUCGUGCGGCGGCGGCAAUUUCAUUUCCUCCGUUUCCGGAUUUGUAGACAGUAGAUUACCAAGAAGAUAGGAAGAUUUCAAUAGAUUUACCGCUGAUGCUGGCCUGCUCAAUCUUUAGAGCAUUGGUAUAGUGAUUAUUACAUGGAUCGAUCCCGACCUCGUAAUCGAGAUGCAUCGAUUGCCUUUUAUCUCGGGUCAUAAGAAGCGGAUGGACUCGAAGUCCAGCCGCCGAGGCAAAUCCGCCGCCGCCAAGCAUUCCCCAAAACUCGAGCGCAGCAUCGCUCUGAGGAAUGUCGACUACGAGCCCUCCACCUCAUCUUCUUCAUCCUACAGCGGAUCCCUGGACCUGGAUAGAAUGAGGAGCUUUCGAAUUGAUGGGACCGGUGGCGGAAUUGAAGGGAUGUUCAGAGACUUGGGGCUUUCUGCUGAUGACUUUAUUAUUCCAGCAGCCGAAUGGGAGGCAAUGAAGGUGCGGUCUUCUUCGGAUCCCCUUCCCCUUCUUAGUGAUUCUGCUAGUUUGAUCGUUUGUAAAGAUUCUGAGGUUUGUGUGGUGAAUCCAAGGCGGAGUGAUUGUGAUGUUGGUGGCUUUGGCACUAGCCAGGAUGCCGGGGUUUGUGGAGCAGUUGAUAGAUUUGAUGAACGUCUAAGGUGUGAUAGUGUCGUUUUGGAUGAAACCGAGCCUGUCAGAUUAGUUCCUGGUAAUGAUGGUCGUAGAGGCAUCAAGGGUCUCAAGCCUCCUACUUUGACUACACCGUCUCCAAUGUCAUUACCACUCGAUGAUUCGUGUUCAACUUGGGAUGUUGUGAAUGAAUUUGGGCCAAAUGAAGAGAGGGAAUCAGAUUUCAAGCUUCCGGAAAGAUUGAGGCCGGGAGGGGAAGAUGGAUAUAUAAACGGUGCUCAGGAAUGGGCGGGGGAAGAUGGGGACGCGAAAAAUGAUAUAGGCACAAGAUUAACGAAUGGGGUGCUUUCAGCAUCUAGUUCAUUUACCACAAAUUCAAAUGAUGAUGAUUCUUCAAGCACCACAACUGAGCCUAUGUCAGUCAUUUCCCCGAACGGGAAAUUCCUUCGUAUUAUUACUGGUUGGCAGAAGGGUGGACUCUUAGGAAGCGGAUCAUUUGGAACAGUCUAUGAAGGCAUUGCGGAUGGUGGCUUCUUUUUUGCGGUGAAAGAAGUUUCUUUGCUGGAUCAAUGUGAGGAAGGGAGGCAACGCAUUUGCAACCUUGAACAUGAGAUUGCUCUCUUAAGGCAGUUUGAACAUGAGAACAUUGUACAGUACUAUGGUACAGAGAAGGAUGAUUCAAAAUUAUAUAUAUUUCUAGAGCUGGUAUCUAAGGGAUCACUUCUGGAACUGUAUCAGAAAUAUUGGCUUCGAGAUUCCCAAGUCUCUCGCUAUACAAGGCAGAUUUUGCUUGGGCUGAAGUAUCUACACGAUCAAAAUGUUAUCCACAGGGAUAUCAAAUGUGCAAACAUAUUGGUGGAUACUAAUGGGUCAGUCAAACUUGCAGAUUUCGGCCUUGCAAAGUCCAUUAAAUUGAACGAUGUGAAGUCCUGCAAGGGCACUGCCUUCUGGAUGGCUCCUGAGGUUGUUAACAUGAGGAGUGGUGGUUAUGGGCUUGCGGCAGACAUAUGGAGUCUUGGAUGCACAGUCUUGGAGAUGCUUACACGCCAAUUCCCUUACUCUAAUCUAGAGAAUCAUAUGCAAGCAAUUUUUCGGAUUGGAAAGGGUGAGCCACCUCAUGUGCCUAACACACUCUCGGAUGAUGCGUUGGACUUUAUACAUAGCUGUCUUCAAGUAGACCCAAUAGCUCGUCCAAGUGCUUCUCAAUUACUGGAGCAUCCAUUUGUGAAACAACCACACACGCCAUCCACCUCAGUUUCAGCAUCAGCAUCUCCUCGCUGUGUUGGCAGGAGAGGAGCAUUUUAAAAAACUGUUGCUGCAACUACUAAUGGUUAGGAAGAACUGUCACUGGGGUGUUGGCAUAGCUAGGACGCUUACUGUUGUAACUUGUAAGUUCAUUAUUUUUUUCUUUAAAUUCUUUUUUCGAUGAUCUAGCUAGUUAGCAUGGCCUAUUACUCCGUCUUCGUUUUUGUCUGCUGUUUUAGUAAAGCAUGUCGAGAUCAUUAUCUAUGUAUGAAUUGUCUAUUGUAUAUAUGUAAAGCUUUGUCUUUGAGAACAAUAGCCUUUUUUU